AUGAAGCUCCCUCUUGUCAUUGCUGCUACGGCUGCCACUGUCGCGGCGUUUCCAGCUUUUGCUAAGGACGAGUUCUGCGGCCAGUAUGACUCCAUCCAGGCGGGCGACUACAUCGUCCACAACAACCUGUGGGGACAAGAUAACGACAAGGCGGGUGGUCAAUGCACGGGGCUCGACAGCAUUGACGGCUCUACUAUCGCUUGGCACAUGAGCUUUCCAAGCUGGGUCGGCGACAACUGGCAGGUCAAGUCGUACGCCAACGCUGCUCUCAAAUUUAACCUUGUGCAACUCUCCAGCGUGAAGUCGAUCCCCACGACGAUGGAGUACACGUACAAGUAUGAUGGCAACAUCAUCACAAAUGUGGCGUACGACCUCUUCACUAGCCCCUCGAUUGGCGGAGAGACCGCGUACGAGCUGAUGGUCUGGCUAGCCGCGCUGGGCGGUGCCUGGCCUCUGACCACUACGGGGCAACCUAUUAAAUCCGUGAAGCUCGGCGGUGUGGACUUUAAUCUGUACCAGGGCUGGAACAACAAGACUAAGGUCUUUACGUAUCAGUUCUUCGACGAGCUCCCAGCCGACAAUACGAUCGAGACGACCCAGGCAAGAACGCCAUUAUGA